AUGCAAAACGGCACGCCGAACGGCAGGGGACACAGUCGCGAUACUUCGACUCCUGAACACGAUCGCGACCUUCAACGCAUAGCCAGCCCUUCGACGCCCGCGGAUACUCCCUCCCAACAGCCACGGCGAGACUCGAAUAAUAACGGCGUCGCGAAACACGACCAGCUUAAUGGGAUUAAUGGACCGCCAUCGAAGCGGCGGAAGCUUGCGGGUACUUCAGGGAGAAGCACACCACGACCACCUUCUCCGCCAUGGAAACGCGCCGGAUUCGAUGGACCUACCUCAUUUAUGGAAGACGGCAAGCGGCGGUCGACCAGAACAAACAUGAUACCUAUCGAGAUGUUGCCCGAGGGUGAUCCGCGACGUACACAGUCACCGGUGCACAAGGGACCUGUUAACAAGACAAUUCAGAGCUGGAGUCAGGGACGUGGCAGCUCUGCUUCGCCCACCGUGGCUGCAAGACCAGAGAUAAAUGGUAGACGUGUGCUCGGAGGCAGCAAUUCCAAUAAUGGCAUGGAUCCAGCUACUUCUCCAAAUGGUACCUCCAGACGCGCAGUUAUAUCUAAAGCGGCUUCAGGAUUUGCGAAAAGUGCCUCUCAGCUUCAACCUUUAUCCCAGCGGCGCGUCUCUGACAUUACACGAUCCUCUAACACUGUUGGCUCGAAUUCUCCGUCAGAUCCUCCACCGAAGCGUAAACCAGGAAGGCCCCGGAGAAGGCAGAGUGACGGCGCAGGGGUUGUGAAGCAAGAGAAUUGGGACCAGCAGCGCUGGAGUCGGUCCGAGGUGAGGGACAGAGACGAUGGAGCAGCCCAGAAGCUCCCGAGACUUCGGUUCCGCGUAAAAAUGCCUUCGUUAGAAGUCCAGCAUCCCUCGCACAUCCUCCCUCCUAAAAAGUACUCAUCCUUCUACGAAUGGCUAUAUAAGACUACACCCGGUGAUGAAGAUACCCAUUUCUCUACUCCGCAGGAGGCCCUUCAGGAGGCUCAGGUUCGCUUACGGCUACAGGAGGCAGGAAAGCCUAACCAAGUCCUGAGCAAAGAACGCUGCUCAUUUUACCUAACGGAUCCUGAAGAGCUCCCUCCCCGUCAAUAUUCACACCAAGACCACUUUGUAGCCCACGCAUUAUACUUCAAAAAGCUACUUGACAAGGAGCGUAAGCACCAUAGAAACCUUGCUAGGUUAUUUGCACACUGGUGUGCAGAUGCAUGGAAAAAGCGAAACAAGGCUCCCGAAGAUAUUCUCAAAGAACAACACAAUGAACUCCGCCAGAAACGUCGACAGUUAAUUAAGGAUCUGCAACGGCAGUUCGAUCUAGUCCGCGCUGAAGUUGAUAAUGCCAGGCUAGCUAUUUGGGAACAAGAGCGUAAGAUGGAAGAACAGCUCGCCUUGAAUAAUGCCUUGAAGAAAUCAACAGCCUUAUUUGAGAGGAGGAGAUCAGAUCGGAUUGGAACAGGCGAACUAGAAGAUGAGGAAGAUGAGACUGACGAGGGAGAAACCGCAUCUAGCAAAACUGAAGAUUCUGGAGAUGACAGUAACAUGUCAUCUUCAGGCUCAGAGCCUGAAAGCGAUCAAGGGCUGGAUGACAAUGAUGAUGAACAACUAAGCCCGGAAGCCCUUCGUGCAAAGUAUGCGAAUCUUGCGGCUAUGGACGUUUCCGUGCUCUCUGGUGGCUCUAGCGAUGAGAGUGAUGACGGAGAAGUAAAUGAGAAUGAGGACCAAGAUGAAGAUGAAGAAGAGAACCAAGAUGAAGACGGAGAAGCUACGCCUGGUGAGGGUAGCUAUGUCAAAGAAACAUUAAGGGACAAAUUUUCCCCAACUGGGGAGCAAGAGCAAAGCUAUGUCAAGCUAGAGGAGGUCGAUCCCCUCCUACUCGAUGAGUCCGAUGAGUCCACUGACAUGGACGACGAUAUGAGUGAUAGUGAUGUAGGGGUCGAAGAGGGAUACACUGAUGAUGUCAGUGAUAGUGAGGAAAGCGAUGUGAAUGACCAUGGUGGAGGAGGUUUGUUAGGCUUUUUUUCCAAAGCCGAAACCAUCAUCCCAAACGGCACUAAAGCUUCUGAAAACACCACUCAAGACGCCAAUAGUCCGGCUGCAAACUGUGUCUCCAGCACUAAUGACAAUACAGACAUAAGUGACAAGCAGGCUCACGUUAUGACGAAAUGCCCGGAAAAGGAGUCUGAUGACGACGAUACCCCAAUGUUGGACACUGAUCUAGGAGAGACAACGACUCUGGCACCAGGCACAAAUGGUAAUACCAUAGAUAACCAGGCAUUUACCAAAGCGACUUCGGAGGAGCAGCAGAAUCCGACGACCCAGGUUGGGAGUCCUAAAGAUACCGAUGCCGGGGAAACAGCGUCAGCCCUCGAAAAGACUGGUAUCAAGACACCUAUCCCCCAUCUUCUCCGAGGAAAGCUGCGCGAAUACCAGCACUUUGGCCUUGACUGGCUAGCUGGCCUAUAUGCUAGCAAUAUAAACGGCAUUCUUGCAGACGAGAUGGGUUUAGGGAAAACAAUUCAGACAAUAGCACUUCUGGCUCAUUUAGCUGUCGAGCAUGAAGUCUGGGGCCCACACCUCAUCAUAGUUCCAACAAGUGUCAUGCUAAAUUGGGAGAUGGAGUUCAAAAAGUGGUGUCCGGGUUUUAAGAUACUUACUUAUUAUGGCACCCAGGAAGAGCGAAGGCAGAAGCGAAAAGGUUGGAUGGACAAUGACCGUUGGCACGUCUGCAUUACUUCAUACCAACUUGUCCUUCAGGAUCAGCAAAUUUUCAGACGACGAAACUGGCACUAUAUGGUGCUUGAUGAAGCCCACAAUAUCAAAAACUUCCGGUCUCAAAGAUGGCAAACAUUGCUUACUUUCAAGACUCAGGCAAGGCUGCUACUUACGGGGACACCACUACAGAACAACUUGACAGAACUAUGGUCACUUCUAUUCUUCCUCAUGCCAUCAGAUGAAGACGGGAACGGCAUUGAAGGGUUUGCAGAUCUCCGGAAUUUCUCAGAAUGGUUCCGUCGCCCCGUCGAACAAAUCUUAGAGCAUGGAAGAGAAACGAUGGAUGACGAGGCCAAAGCAGUCGUUUCGAAACUGCAUACCAUUUUAAGACCGUAUAUUCUGCGGCGUCUUAAGGUGGAUGUUGAGAAACAAAUGCCAGCAAAAUACGAGCAUGUUGUUGCCUGCCGCUUAUCAAAACGCCAGAGAUAUCUUUACGAUGGAUUUAUGUCUCGAGCUCAAACGAAGGAGACCCUAGCUUCUGGGAACUAUCUUUCCAUCAUCAACUGUCUGAUGCAGCUUCGGAAAGUCUGCAACCAUCCCGACCUGUUUGAGACACGGCCGAUCAGUACAUCGUUUGCCAUGCCCGGCUCUGUUGUGUCAGAUUUCGAAAUUAAAGACCUUCUUAUUCGUCGACGAUUGCUGAAGGAAGAUGCGUUGGAGAAGCUGGAUUUUGACUUCUUGAAUCUUGCUCCGAUCUCUCGGGAACAGGGCUCAAAGAUGUUGGUGGAAGACUGCGCCCGGAUCAUGGCAUACAACCCAUUGACUUCUCUUCGACAGCGACAAUAUAACCGGACAAACUGGGAUAUGAGCUUCGACGGAUCCACUGUCCAGUCAACCUUACGCUCCAUGGACAACAACGCUCGGAAGUCCCGUAUGAAGGAGCUGGAAAGAUGUCUGUACUUCGAAUCCAAGCGCCAUGGCCAACGUCCGAUGUAUGGCCAGAGCCUUAUCGACAACCUUACCAUUGUUGUUCCCCUACAGCCAGAAACCAGGCAUCGACCGCCACGAAAAUUACUCCUCGACUGGCUCUCGAAUAAGUCCUUGGUACUUGCCUCUAUGAUACGAUCCGUGGAAUCAAGAUCGCUAAUGAUGGAACCAUUGGUACAAAAGUUCGCAUGUCUUACCCCAGCUGCUGUCGCCCAUGGAGUUACAGCAGCUACACUCACACCCAUCACAUCACGCUACUUCACUCUUUCACAACGAAUUCCUGCAUAUGACCCGUUUCAUGAGGCACAAAUGCGACUAUCAAUUGCCUUUCCGGACAAGCGAUUACUGCAAUACGAUUGUGGGAAACUUCAGCAGCUUGAUAAACUACUUCGGAAACUCCAGGCUGGUGGUCACCGAGCUUUGAUCUUCACCCAGAUGACCAAAAUGUUGGACAUUCUAGAGCAGUUCUUAAAUAUUCAUGGUCAUCGGUACCUCCGACUAGAUGGCUCUACAAAGAUAGAACAGCGGCAACUCUUAACGGAGCGGUUUAACAAUGAUACACGUAUAUUGGCAUUCAUUCUUUCAAGUCGUUCGGGUGGUCUAGGCAUCAAUUUAACAGGAGCAGACACCGUCAUAUUUUACGACUUGGAUUGGAAUCCGGCGAUGGACAAACAAUGUCAGGACCGCUGCCACCGGAUUGGUCAAACCCGAGAUGUGCACAUCUACAGGUUUGUCUCUGAAUACACGAUUGAGUCCAAUAUCCUACGUAAAGCAAACCAGAAAAGGAUGUUGGAUGAUGUGGUGAUACAAGAAGGAGAGUUCACUACCGAUUAUCUCAAUAGGCUCGACAUCAGCGGUAUACUAGGCGACGAAGAGUUGGGCGAAGGCCAUGACGAGGCUGGUGCAGCCAUGGAUAGGGUCCUGGAUACCAAGGUUCAUGGGACUUCAUCACGCAUUUUCGAGCAAGCUGAGGAUAAGGAAGACAUCGACGCUGCGAAGACGGCCGAAAAAGAGCUUGAGCAGACUGUUGACGACAGUAACUUUGACAAUGUUAGCACUCCACAGACACCCGCAGCAGCACGAGGACAGCAGCAGUCAACUACCCAAAGCCUGCUGGGGACCCCUGCACCCAUCGAACCAGGCGAGUAUGAACGCUCUGUAUCACACGCAAACGGCAGUACAUAUCCGGUUUCAGUCUCCGCAACCCCCGAUGACCGCCGUCCCGUUGAAGUUGAUGAUUCUGAAUCCCACGUUGGCCAUAUCGACGACUACUUGCUUCGCUUUAUGGAGUGGAACCUCAGAAACGAGCCACUCGUGCUUCCGGCCGAUAAGCAAAGAAAGAAGUCCAAGAGAGGAAGAGAGCAUCGCAUUCGGAGGAAGAGAUAGAUUCCUAACGGCAGUCUGCAAGGAGGACAUCUCAUAUUUCUCGCCGGUGGGCUCCACUACCGUCAUCAUUAUGGAAUCAUGGUAUCAAAACAAAUACGGCCCUGCGCCUCAGGGAAAUCCACAACAAAAGCAAAAAUAUUUCCCCGUCACAUUGCCUUGGUCAACCAACACUGUGUAGAGCGCAUCACUUAUGCACUAUGUUUCUUUUUGGUCUUGUUUUCGUUUCUCUCACCUUAUCUAUACACUGACUAGCUACCUAGUUGGUAUGCAGCGAGGUUCGAGACAACUGACGCAUCGUGAGGUGCAUUGGAGGGUUUUCAUCCAUUCAGCUGUAUUUCUUCUUCUCCCUUCCUCCUCACCCAUCGAUAUGCCGCAUUGCUCGCUCCUUGUCUAUUGAUAUCACUUUUUGCACUUCUUCAUUCUCCACCACUGUCUUAAUAACGUUAUUCAACUACACCCAUUUAGUAUUUCAAUUUCACCACCACUGGCCAUUCUGCUCGUCCUUUUGUUUUAUUCUCCGCUCCACGAGCUAAUGUGGACUUUCUUGUAUGGUUACACGAUUGACCACUGCUGUCCUCGUCUCCCGC